AUGGAAGGGGGGUGGCCUUUGGAGGGGGGAGUCCUCCUCUGCCUCAUUGUCAGCCUUCUGCUUCCAGGAAGGUCAAACAGUUUCACCAUCAAUUGCUCAGGCUUUGACCAGCAUGGGGUGGACCCUGCUGCUUUCCAGACAAUAUUUAACCAGAAGGACUUCCGUCCAGUCAUCAACUACAGUGUUCCCACUCAGGUUAACAUCUCCUUCGUUUUGUCUGCCAUCCUGGAAGUGGAUGAACAGCUUCAGCUGCUGACAUCAUUCCUGUGGUUAAAGUUGAUCUGGAAAAACCCAUUCGUCAGCUGGGAUCCAGAAGAAUGUGGUGCCAUCAGUAAACUCACUGUGACAACUGAGAACCUGUGGCUCCCAGACAUCUUCAUCGUAGAAUCCAUGGAUGUGGAUCAGACCCCAGAAGGCCUCUCUGCAUAUGUGACCAAUGAUGGUCACAUCACAUAUAACAAACCAAUGCGGGUGACCAGCAUCUGUAGCCUGGACAUCUUUUACUUCCCCUUUGACCAGCAGAACUGCACGCUCACCUUUAGCUCUUUCCUCUACACAGUGGAAAACAUGCUGCUGGGCAUGGAAAAGGAAGUGUGGGAGAUAGUGGACACCUCACGUGACAUUGUCCGCACGCAAGGGGAGUGGGAGCUCCUGGGCAUCAACAAGGCCACCCCAAAGAUGUCUGUGGGCUCCAGUCUUUUUGACCAGAUCAUGUUCUAUGUGGCCAUCAGGCGCAGGCCCAGCCUCUACGUCAUAAACCUCCUGGUGCCCAGUAGCUUCCUGAUUGCCAUCGAUGCCCUCAGCUUCUACCUGCCAGCAGAAAGGAAGAAUCGUGCCCCAUUCAAGAUAACCCUUCUUCUGGGCUACAACGUCUUCCUGCUUAUGAUGAAUAAACUACUUCCCACUAGUGGCACCCCCCUCAUCAGUGUGUACUUUGCCCUGUGUCUGUCCCUGAUGGUGGUCAGCCUGCUGGAGACCAUCUUCAUCACCUACCUGCUGCAUCUGGCCACCACCCAGCCCCCACCCAUGCCUCGGUGGCUCCACUCUCUGCUUCUCUACUGGGCCAGCCCAAGGAAAUGCUGCCCCACUGUGCUCUGGAAGGAGAAUGUGGGCCCAGGCUUCAUGCCCACUCACCUACCCGGACCGAAGGAGCCAGGGCAGUUGGUAGGGAAGGAGCUGGGACCCAGACAGGCAGAGCUGAAUGGAGGCUCGGGACUGACAAGCACCCAGCUAGCUGACCUAUGGGUGCAGUUCAGCCACAUGAUGGACACCUUCCUCUUUCGCCUCUACCUGCUCUUCUUAGCCUCCUCCAUCAUCACAGUCAUCGUCCUCUGGAACACCUAGGACUUGAAUUUUAAUGGUACAAGAGCAAGCCAGUGGUCAGGUUUCCUCAGCUUCAACUGACUAUCCUAGACCCCGUUCCUCUGCUCCAGUUUAUCUACACAGUUCCAAAUAUGCCAUGAUCCCUGCUCCAGGGCUUAAAUAGAACCUCUGCAGACCCUCUCAGAAAUAUGCCUAUAUUGAGGUGCCUGGGUGGCUCAGUCAGUCAAAUAUCUGCCUUUGGCUUGGGUCAUGAUCCCAGGGUCCUGGGCCCUAGGCUCAUAUCAGGCUCCUUUCUUGGUGAGGAGCCUGCUUCUCCCUCUUCCUCUGCCUGCUACUCCCCCAGCUUG